AUGGACUCUCCCUUUGUUGUCUCUGCAGGCCAGUUGGCUGUGGGCACCUGUGAGAUUGUGAUGCUCAACAGAGACAGCAGCGUGCCCAGAUGCACCAUCGCCCAUCAGACUGCCCGCUGUGCCUGCAGGAGAGGCCAGAUCGCUGGCACCACGAAGGCCAGGCCUGCCUGCGUCGAUGGUGAGUGUCAACAAUUUCAGUUAAGUUAAGGCUGUAUCUAGUGUUAUAAAAUUCAUCGGAGGAUUUCGGAUUUCAUGCUUAUUCCCUCCUGAUUCUAGGAAUCUUCCAACUGGGAUUUCUGGAAAACUUGGGAAUUUUCCAACCCUAGCUGUAUCUCUCCAUGUCACGUUCGUUGAGUAAAGGAUGGGACCAAGGUGCAGCGUGGUAUGCGUACAUAGUCGUUUAUUAUACAAACACCGACAAAAUCACAAAAUCCAACAGAACGUGAAGUUCAAGAGGCUAAACAUCAAACACACCAAACAGAAACAAGAUCCCACAACAUACGUAGGCAAAAUGGCUACCUAAGUAUGAUCCCCAAUCAGAGACAACGAUCGACAGCUGCCUCUGAUUGGGAACCACACCCGGCCAACAUAGAAAUACACAUUCUAGAUAAUCACAUAGAUAUUCACACCCUGACCAAACCAACUAGAGAUCUCUAUGUCAGGGCGUGACAGUACCCCCCUCCCCCAAAGGUGCGGACUCCGGCCGCAAAACCUGACUCAUUAGGGGAGGGUCCAGGUGGGCAUUUAGCCUCGGUGGCGGCUCCGGCUCCGGCGCGACGUCAACCUUACUGUCCUCUCCUUUUCUGGCUCCCCGUUGCACACCUGGUCCGGUCUGGACCCCGGCGCGAUGCUUCCCCUCUCAGUCCUCCCACGAUGCACCAAGCCCUGUCUGGACCCUGGUGUGGGAGGCCCCGACCCUGGAGAGGGGUUGACGUCUGGGCCUGGACCGGGAAUCCUCCUGUGAUGCACCAAGCCCUGUCUGGACCCUGGUGUGGGAGGCCCCGACCCUGAAGAGGGGUUGACGUCUGGUUCUGGCUCUGCAGUCCUCCCGCGAUGUACCAAGUCCUGUCUGGACCCUGGUGUGGGAGAGUAGACGACCGGACCUGGACUAGGCACCGGUGGAGCGGACUGCACUGGCACUGGAGUGGAGCAGCUGACCGGAGCUAGACUAGGCACCGGUGGAGCGGACUGCUCUGGCACUGGAGUGGAGCAGCUGACCAGAGCUGGACUAGGCAUCGGUGGAGCGGACUGCUCUGGCACUGGAGUGGAGCAGCUGACCGGAGCUGGACUAGGCACCAGUGGAGCGGACUGCUCUGACCCUGGACUGGACCGUACCGGGCUGGGGACACGCACCACUAGUCUGGUGCGAGGAGCAGGCACGGGCCGUACCUUGUUGCCUUCCUAUGUUGUGGGAUCUUGUUUCUGUUUGGCGUGUUUGAUGUUUAGCCUCUUGAACUUCACGUACGGUCCUGUACGGACUGUACAGGACUGGAGACACGCACCACUGGUUUGGUGCGAGGAGCAGGAACGGACCGUACCGGGCUGGAGACACGCACCACUGGUUUGGUGCGAGGAGCAGGCAUGGAGUGCACCGGUCUGGAGACACGCAACACUGGUUUGGUGCGAGGAGCAGGCAUGGGCCAUACCGGUCUGUGAAGGCGCACUGGCGGCACAGUGCGUAAAGCCGGCGCAUAGCCUGGUGCCUGCACGGUCACACGCUCCUCAAAGCGAGUGCGGGGAGUUGGCUCUGCUAAACCUGGCUCCACCAGCCUCUGCUCUAAGGCCCGAGCUCUCUGCUGCUGGAGGGUUAACUCCUCUCUCAGCUCCUCAUGUUGCCUGGCCAGCUCCUCUCUCCAUGCAUCCACUGACUCCUUCUCCCUGUGGGCCUCCUGCAGCGCCUCCUUCUGAAGGGAGAAAACCUGCUCCCUCUUCUCUAUCAGCCCCCGUAAGGUGGUGGUCUCCUCUCUCAGAGUGCUGAGCUGCAGGUCUUCCAGGGCCUCCUGCUGCGUCGCCCACCACCCUGUGUGCCCUCCCCCCAAAAUAUUAUUGGGGCUGCCUCUCUGGCUUCCUUAGCGGUCGGUACCAUCGGCGUCGCCGUUGAUCCUCUCCUGCCUGGGCUUCCUCCUUCGCCCAGGGUCCUUUACAGGCUAAUAUCUUCUCCAAUGUCCAAAAUGUCUUCUCCACCUGUGUCCAGGGUGUCUGCUCCUCCUGGCCAUGCUGCUUGGUCCGUUGGUGGUGGGAUCUUCUGUCACGUUCGUUGAGUAAAGGAUCGGACCAAGGUGCAGCGUGGCAUGCGUACAUAGUCGUUUAUUAUACAAACACGGACAAAAUAACAAAAUCCAACAGAAUGUGAAGUUCAAGAGGCUAAACAUCAAACACGCCAAACAGAAACAAAAUCCCACAACAUAGGUAGGCAAAAUGGCUACCUAAGUAUGAUCCCCAAUCAGAGACAACGAUCGACAGCUGCCUCUGAUUGGGAACCACACCCGGCCAACAUAGAAAUACACAUUCUAGAUAAUCACAUAGAUAUUCACACCCUGACCAAACUAACUAGAUAUCUCUAUGUCAGGGCGUGACACUCCUUGAUCAUCUUUAUCUGACAUGGAGAUCAACCAAACUUGACUACCCCUGGCCCGCACUGCUCUGCAGUACAUAAACAACAGGCCAUAUCUGGCGUAACGUGUGCCUAUCUGGUACCACGCAGUCUUUGUAAUACUGUCUCUGCAGACAGCUCCCCAUAUCGCUCCGUCAAUGCUAAUUAAGUAAGAGAGAACUAUGAUUACAGCAGCAGGAAAUUGAUUAUUAUUGGCUGAUAGGGUUGUAAGGGUUCCCCAAACCCACGGUUUGGUACGUAUUGCGGUUUAGGGGUCACGGUUCGGUUUCAGUACAGCGGGAAAAUGUAAUUCCAAUGUUCAGCAUUCACAAUGUUCCUUGCAUUGUCUGUUGUGACCGGAUUGUUAUGUUGGGCCUCACAAGUUUCCACUCUGAUGCUGCAUUUGUAACAAUGUGGGAGGUGGGAAUUUACUAGUUGUGAAGUCUUAAAUACCAGCGUGGCCACGCAGUCGUGGGCGAACAGGGAGUACAGGAGGGGACUAAGCACCCACCCCUAUGGGGCCCCUGUGUUGAGCGUCCGAGUGGCCUCUCAAAGCACUUCAUGAUUACAGAAGUGAGUGCUACAGGGCGGUAGUCAUUGUGCCAUGAAGCCUUGGGGACAGGAAUGAUGGUGGUCAUUUUAAAACGUGGGGAUUACAGACUGGGAAAGGAGAGUUUUAAAAUCACCAUGAAUAUGCCUGCAAGCUGUUCUGCGCAUGCUCUGAGAACGCGCCCUGGAAUACCGUCGGGCCCCGCGGCCUUGCGGGUGUUGACCUGAUUAAAGACCUUUCUCACGUCGGCCUCGGAGAGCGAGAUCACCCAAUCCUCUGGGUCGGUGACAGCCCUCACACCCGGCACAAUGUUGUGGUUGUCAAAGCGUGCAUAAAAUGUGUUGAGUGCAUCUGGUUGAGAGGCAUUGUUGUGCAGAUCACGGUUGGAUCUUCCUUUGUAAUCCAUAGUGGACUGUAGCCCCUGCCACAUACAGGGUUUCUCACUGAUAAUUACCAGUUUUAGGACCAUUCAAGGGGAUUUUUCCCAGUCGUAUGUGGUAAAUUCCCACGUCCCACUUGGUUAUGAACGCACCAUGACACUGCCUCCUUUAGUGCCAGAUGCUCACUUAUGACUCUCAUAAAGGGGGUGUGUCUGUAGAACGGUACAUCUCCCACUCCGUUGUAAUGUGAUAGUCAGUGAUUUCUGGGAUCCUUGGGACAUUCCUACCCUAACCCUAACCUUAACCAUAACCCUUACGUAACCCUAACCCUUACAUUAACCAUUUUACAUUUCAAGUUCAGUGGGGUAGGGACGUCCCAAGGAACCCGGAUAGCACGGACCAUAAUGUGAUGGGCUGUCACUGUUAUUGAAAACUUCGGCUUUGGUUUGCUUAUGUAAAGUGGGUACUACCUGUUUGCUGAAAUGGAUGCAAGAGGGAAGUUCCUAACGUGGCUCAAGCACUUUCGGGAGGUGCUGAAACCCCCUAUUCUCAACCCCCGAGAAUGGCCGCAUUUCUUUGGCCCAGUCAGAAUCAGCUGCCAUCGUACAGAACUAGUUCCGGUUGCGCCUCACAAAAGGACAGUUUGAAUUGAGGCUAUUAAGAUUAGAAUGUGCGCAUAAUCUCUAGUUGUUUUAAUGGAAUAGCCUGAAAAAACAAAAUUCAGCUCAGAUUUACUCAAGAGGCAUAGGCCUACAACACAGCAUAGGGUUUUUAUCUGGUAAAUAUUUAUUUUAUGUAUUCCUUCAGGUUCCCAGUGCAGACUGAACCGAGGUCCCUGCACCGGACGGUUCGGUACAAAUACUUAUACUGUUACACCCCUACUGGCUGCCCGUCGCGGAACUCGCGCUCCGUUAAUAGUCAGUCCAUUAAAGACGGACCUGUUGCUCACUGGCUGCCACUAUGGAGAAUGGGAACGCUUUCUGUCAUUACAUCUCUUAAUGGAAUUACAGCAUAGAGACAUAGUGAAGACAUUGGUGGUCAGUUGAUUUGAUUUGUGGCAACUGCAAUUGAUCACUACUUACCAUAGUGGGUUUGGGAACUUUGCCUGUAAAUAUAACUGUGGAGGUAAAUGGAAAUGUAGAGGUCUUGAUGGUUAUUCAGCUUCUCUUUCUAUCUUUUUCUCCCCCCCACAAGAGUGGCCAUCAUUACGUUACGUCUAGACUGAUGACAUUCAAAGGAUCUAAUCAAGAACCACUGAUUGUGAAGUACCUCUCUUUCACUCUCUCUCUCUCUAUCUAGAUAUAUAUCAUCUCUCUCCCCCGUCUCUCUCCCCCCUCUCUCUCUCUCCUCGCUCUCUCACACUCUCCUUGCUCUCUGGUUUUUAUUACUGUUGAAAUGCACUAAAGUAUGACUUAAAAGGUUGAUACACAGUAGCUAAAUCGAGCUUGGUUCUAACUCUUGGUCCCCCCCCUCUCUUUCUCUGUCUCUCUGUCUCUCUCUCUCUCUUCUCUCCCUUCUUUCUGUCCCCUCAGUGCGUAUUGUGAGGAGCAGACAGUGGUGUGAGAUGGCGCCUUGCUUGGAGGGAGAGGUGUGUGGCCUCCUCUUCAACCGCUCUGGCUGGACCUGUACCAAAGGCAGUGGCCACAUCAAGACAGUCACGGUAAGAUGUAGCCUCAGAGAGUCAUGUAUGGAGUACAUAUUGAAACAUGCAACUGCCAUUAGCAUUGUAACAGGGAUGGAGAAAGGGGAAUUUAUAUGGAUUUUGAAUAAUGUGGAUCUGUAACUGUGCAGUUAUCAUUGGUUGUACAUUACUUUGAUACACAAUUAUGAUACACCAAGUGAGAGACAUAGAGAAAGAGAGAGAGUGUGUGUGAGUAAGUGUGUAUGUGCGUGUGCAAUUGUGUGUGUGUGUGUGUGGGGGGGGGGGGUGACAGAGAGAGAGAGAGAGCUGGCAUUUUUGUGGCCAGCCCAACAGCUUGCCAGGGUUGAGGACCUGAGGCGGCCCGGCAGCUGGAAUGCCUUGGCCAACCAUCGGCUUUGUGUUUCACCACGUUGGAUUGUGCAUACAAUGUGUGUGUUAGUGGUGCGCGGGUAAGCUGUUUGUUCACCCGCACCUGCCCGCAAUUGCUAAUAACCCAUCCGCAACUGCACGACAAUAUGUGAUAAAGUGAAAAUCUGAGGCCCGCACCCAACCCUAACCCGCAAAUAUAGAAAAUGUGCUAUAGGCUACAGUCAAAGACUGCAGAAUGAUUUUUUUGACAGUGGGUGUAGGAUUUGGUUUUCCCUGAUUUAGAUAUGUUUUCUGCUUAUAAUUUACGACAUCUUUGUAGGCUAUUUGUUAGUCAACUUGCCUAUAAUUAGAUAGUGUUUGUGUGCGUGUGUGUGUAUUAUAAUUUCCCAUCAUAAGAAUGUAUCCCCAUUUCCCAAUCAAAUAUCUUCAUCGAUACCACAAAAUCUGUCAACACUCAUAAAACUCGACACAGGCUUGUAUAAAAUGCAUCUUAAGAUGGUGAAUGUACAGAAAAGUGGAGUCCUGUAAAGCAUUGAAGACAUUUGUAGUACUCACGAAAUUAAAUAGUUAUGAGGUGUAGCCUAUGUAUUAAAUGCAUUUAUGAAGAACAUUUUGCUAAUGUAGGCCCACCUAGAAAUAUUAAAUUAUAACGAGUUUGAAAAAUUUGUAGUGGUCAAAUAAUAAUCAGGAAUAAAUCUCAGUUGGCUUUUCAUAGCCGAUCAUUAAGAGUUUGAAAACAGCAGGUCUGGGACAGGUAGGGGUUCCAUAACCGCAGGCAGAACAGUUUAAACUGGAAUAGCAGCAAGGCCAGGCGGACUGGGGACAGCAAGGAGUCACCACGGCCGGUAGUCCCGACGUAUGGUCCUAGGGCUCAGGUCUCUCAGUUGGCUUUUCAUAGCCGAUCAUUAAGAGUUGAAAACAGCAGGUCUGGGACAGGUAGGGGUUUCGUAGCCGCAGGCAGAACAGUUGAAACUGGAAUAGCAGCAAGGCCAGGCGGACUGGGGACAGCAAGGUGUCAUCAUGCCCGGUAGUCCUGACGUAUGGUCCUAGGGCUCAGGUUCUCAGAGAGAAAGAGAGAACGAGAGAAUUAGAGAGAGCAUACUUAAAUUCACACAGGACACUGGAUAAGACAGGAGAAGUACUCCAGGUAUAACCAACUAACCCCAGCCCCCCGACACAUAAACUACUGCAGCAUAAAUACUGGAGGCUGAGACAGGAGCGGUCCGGAGACACUGUGGCCCCAUCCGAAGAAACCCCCGGACAGGGCCAAACAGGAAGGAUAUAACCCCACCCACUCCGCCAAAGCACAGCCCCCGCACCACUAGAGGGAUAUCCCCAACCACCAACUUACAAUCCUGAGACAAGGCCGAGUAUAGCCCACAGAGGUCUCCACCACAGCACAAACCAAGGGGGGGGCGCCAACCCAGACAGGAAGAUCACGUCAGUAACUCAACCCACUCAAGUGACGCACCCCUCCCAGGGACGGCAUGAAAGAGCACCAGCAAGCCAGUGACUCAGCCCCUGCAACAGGGUUAGAGGCAGAGAACCCCAGUGGAGAGGGGAACCGGCCUGGCAGAGACAGCAAGGGCUGUUCGUUGCUCCAGCCUUUCCGUUCACCUUCACACUCCUGGGCCAGACUACACUCAAUCAUAUGACCUACUGAAGAGAUAAGUCCUUCAGUAAAGACUUAACGGUUGAGACUGAGUCUGCGUCUCUCACAUGGGUAGGCCAGACUGUUCCAUAAAAGAUGGAAGAUCUUAGGAGAAGCCCUGCCUCCCGCUGUUUGCUUAGAAUUCUAUGGACACUUAGGAGCCUGCGUCUUGUGACCGUAGCCUACUGUUGCCUACACGAAAAAAGGGCCUUUCUGACUACAAGUGCACCAGUAUCCCAAAGUAUUAAGCGAGUAUUGUAUUGGCAUAAAAAAAAAUUUUUAAACAACGUAAUGCUGACUAUUAUAAAUAUUUCGGUGACAACCUGAUUGAUUAACGAUAUUGGGUUGUUAACACGUUGUUGUUUUUUAUAUAAAUACAUGUGGGACACAUAACAAAGGCAGUAAGAGAAGAUGGCUGCCGUUUUACAGCCCUCUAACCAAUUGUACUAUUAUGUGUGUUUUUCCGCGUUAUUUGUAAUUUAUUUUGUACAUAAUGUUUCUGCCAUCGUCUCUUAUAACCAAAAAGAGCUUCUGGAUAUCAGGACAGCGAUUACUCACCUCGUAUUGGACGAAUAAUUUUUCUUAAACGAGGUGGCCGCGAAGGAUAUCCUACAGACACCCGACAAGGCCCAAAUCCCCGUCAUUCGCAUGAGGAAGAGACGGAGAUAUCGUGGACGUAGGUCGGGAUGCCUUGUAAGGAUCCGACGGCGAGCGAGUAAACUGCCGCUCCCAUCAAUCCUAUUAGCCAAUCUUCAAUCAUUGGAAAAUAAAUUGGAUGACCUAAGAUUACGGUUAUCCUACCAACGGGACAUUAAAAACUGUAAUAUCUUAAGUUUCACCGAGUCGUGGCUGAACGACGACAUGGAUAACAUACAGCUAGCGGGCUAUGCGCUACAUCGGCAGGAUAGAACGGCUGAGUGCCAAGUCUAGGUCCAAAAGACUUCUCAACAGCUUCUACCCCCAAGCCAUAAGACUCCUGAACAGCUAAUCAUGGCUACCCGGACUAUUUGCACUACCCCCCCAACCCAUCUUUUUACGCUGCUGCUACUCUGUUAAUUAUUUAUGCAUAGUCACUUUAACUCUACCCACAUGUACAUAUUACUUCAACUACCUCAACUAGCCGGUGCCCCCGCACAUUGACUCUGCACCGGUACCCCCCUGUAUAUAUAGCCUCCCUACUGUUAUUUUAUUUUACUUCUGCUCUUUUUUUCUCAACACUUUUUUGUUGUUGUUUUAUUUUACUUUUUUAUUAAAAAUAAAUGCACUGUUGGUUAAGGGCUGUAAGUAAGCAUUUCACUGUAAUGUCUGCACCUGUUGUAUUCGGCGCAUGUGGCCAAUAACAUUUGAUUUGAUUUGAUUUAGAACACCAUUGCCCAUCAUGCAUUGCUCUAAUGACUUUCAAAAGAUUGUUCCGAAGUUUGCCCCCCAAAAAUGUAUUUUCCUAUGAAUUAAGUCACACAAAAAUUUUCCACCUACCGGAAUUCAGCCGACUUGGCCGGCAUCUUACCAGAAUCCCCCCAGCGGCCCGAAGUGGCCCGAUGCAAAUGUUUAGAAAUGUAUACAAAAUUUCCCGAUUUAGUAAUUUUCUAUAUUGCUAUUAUAAAUUUUAUACAUACAAAUUAUACCCAUCCAUAAAGUUUUUAAUUCUGAUCAAUUGCCUUACACAAAGUAUCAAAAUACUAAAAUACUACUUAAACAGGAAAGACUGAAAGAAUUUAAUUUAAAUGUUUAUUUUAUUUUUUGAUCACAGAAACAAUGAGAAGUAGUUUGAUUUUGUCUAUUUAAGCUUUCUUUCUAUUUAAGCUCUGGUAGGCAAACAGUUUUCUCCAUCACUCGUCCAAGGUCCGGUCACUUCUCACUUGCUCUCUCCUUUUUCUCCCUCCAUCCAUCGUUUUAUGUAUUUUUUAUCUCCACAUCAGGAACUCCAGAAUGGCUGUGACGCACAAAAAUAUCAGAAAGAGAGAAAAUAGAACACUUAUUGAAAUACUCCCUGAAAUAUGACUCAUAGUUUAUGCAAGUCCCCUAUCCAUACAAAAUAGUUUUAUCAACGGCUUUUUGUAAAAUAUUUCCAGUUCAUUAUAUUCUUCCUGCCUUGAAAACUGUGUUGUAAUAAUGAACUUCCCUGCUGACAAUCAAAUUGACAUGAUGGCCUGUUUUAUUUAAUGAAUCACUUCUGUGACAGUAUGCCUCUCUGCCCAAUGCAGUGGCCUUGAAAGCAAACUUACAGAUAACAACACUUUUUAAGGCAAGAGGUUCAAAAGCCUGUUUCCCAUUGGCCCCUCUCCAAUUCAUUUUCAUGGCCAAACCAUUUGUAAGGAGUUUUGAGAGGAUUCUCCACACAUUCUCCUUGGUGGUCAUCCCUCCAGACAGUUCCAAAUAUAUGGUCUGAAAAACAAUGAUUAAUAUAAUACUAAUUUGAAGAAAGCUGGAAUGGUCCUCUGGGUCAGAUUGUCACUUGGUUGAUUACUUUUCAGCAAUACAUGUAAUGAUAUAAUGAUAUCUUGUCAUACCAGGUUCUUUUUUAAGUCUGAAAGUUUACCCUCAACUCUCCUCAAGUCUUCCAGCGAGGACAUUGGAAGUCGAAGGUCUGUCAAAUCUGGAACCUCAUCCAGGGUUGAUCUGUUCGCCUGGAGCUUUUGCAGCUGCAGCAAAAUCAGCUUUAGCUGUUGCUUAAUCAUUUCUAUGGAGGUUAAGAUCUCACGAAGAAUUGCUGCAAAAAUACAAAACAGAAUACAGUUGUGUUUUAUCCCUCACAUAACAUUUACAUUUACAUUUUACAUUUACGUCAUUUAGCAGACGCUCUUAUCCAGAGCAACUUACAAAUUGGUGCAUUCACCUUAUAGCCAGUGGGAUUACCACUUUACAAUAUGUUUUUUUUUUUUUUUGGGGGGGUGGGGGGGGGGGGGGUAGAAGGAUUACUUUAUCCUAUCCCAGGAAUUCCUUAAAGAGGUGGGGUUUCAAGUGUCUCCGGAAGGUGGUGAGUGACUCCGCUGUCCUGGCGUCGUGAGGGAGCUUGUUCCACCAUUGGGGUGCCAGAGCAGCGAACAGUUUUGACUGGGCUGAGCGGGAACUGUGCUUCCGCAGAGGUAGGGGGGCCAGCAGGCCAGAGGUGGAUGAACGCAAUGCCCUCGUUUGGGUGUAGGGACUGAUCAGAGCCUGAAGGUACGGAGGUGCCGUUCCCCUCACAGCUCUGUAGGCAAGCACCAUGGUCUUGUAGCAGAUGCGAGCUUCAACUGGAAGCCAGUGGAGUGUGCGGAGGAGCAGGGUGACGUGAGAGAACUUGGGAAGGUUGAACACCAGACGGGCUGCGACAUUCUGGAUGAGUUGUAGGGGUUUAAUGGCACAGGCAGGGAGCCCAGCCAACAGCGAGUUGCAGUAAUCCAGACGGGAGAUGACAAGGGCCUGGAUUAGGACCUGUGCCGCUUCCUGUGUAAGGCAGGGUCGUACUCUCCGAAUGUUGUAGAGCAUGAACCUACAGGAUCGGGUCACCGCCUUGAUGUUAGCGGAGAACGACAGGGUGUUGUCCAGGGUCACGCCAAGGCUCUUCGCACUCUGGGAGGAGGACACAAUGAAGUUGUCAACCGUGAUGGUGAGAUCAUGGAACGGGCAGUCCUUCCCCGGGAGGAAGAGCAGCUCCGUCUUGCCGAGGUUCAGCUUGAGGUGGUGAUCCGUCAUCCACACUGAUAUGUCUACCAGACAUGCAUAGAUGCGAUUCGCCACCUGGUUAUCAGAAGGGGGAAAGGAGAAGAUUAGUUGUGUGUCGUCUGCGUAGCAAUGAUAGGAGAGGCCAUGUGAGGAUAUGACAGAGCCAAGUGACUUGGUGUAUAGCAAUAAUAGGAGAGGACCUAGAACUGAGCCCUGGGGGACACCAGUGGUGAGAGCACGUGGUGCGGAGACAGAUUCUCGCCACGCCACUUGGUAGGAGCGACCGGUCAGGUAGGACGCAAUCCAAGAGUGAGCCGCGCCGGAGAUGCCCAACUCGGAGAGGGUGGAGAGGAGGAUCUGAUGGUUCACAGUAUCAAAGGCAGCAGACAGGUCUAGAAGGACAAGAGCAGAGGAGAGAGAGUUAGCUUUAGCAGUGCGUAGAGCCUCCGUGACACAGAGAAGAGCAGUCUCAGUUGAAUGACCAGUCUUGAAACCUGACUGGUUUGGAUCAAGAAGGUCAUUCUGAGAGAGAUAGCAAGAGACGGCACACUCAAGAGUUUUGGAGAGAAAAGAAAGAAGGGAUACUGGUCUGUAGUUGUUGACAUCAGAGGAAUCGAGUGUUGGUUUUUCGAGAAGGGGUGCAACUCUCGAAGAGAUGAUAGGAUGGAAGAGGAGAGAGUAGCGGGAGAGAGAGCGAAGGUUGCGACGGCGCAUUACCGUCUGAGUAGGGGCAGAGUGAGUAGUGUUGGAGGAGAGCGAGAGAGAAAAGGAUACAAAGUAGUGGUCGGAGACAUGGAGGGGAGUUGCAGUGAGAUUAGUAGAAGAACAGCAUCUAGUAAAGAUGAGGUCAAGCGUAUUGCCUGCCUUGUGAGUAGGGGGGACGGUGAGAGGGUGAGGUCAAAAGAGGAGAGGAGUGGAAAGAAGGAGGCAGAGAGAAAUUAGUCAAAGGUAGACGUAGGGAGGUUGAAGUCACCCAGAACUGUGAGGGGUGAGCCAUCCUCAGGAAAGGAACUUAUGAAGGCGUCAAGCUCAUUGAUGAACUCUCCAAGGGAACCUGGAGGGCGAUAAAUGACAAGGAUGUUAAGCUUGAAUGGGCUAAUGACUGUGACAGCAUGGAAUUCAAAUGAGGAGAUAGACAGAUGGGUCAGGGGAAAAAGAGAGAAUGUCCACUUGGGAGAGAUGAGGAUUCCUGUGCCACCACCCCGCUGACCAGAUGCUCUCGGGGUAUGCGAGAACACAUGGUCUGACGAGGAGAGAGCAGUAGGAGUAGCAGUGUUUUCAGUGGUAAUCCAUGUUUCCGUCAGCGCCAAGAAGUCGAGGGACUGGAGGGUAGCAUAGGCUGAGAUGAAUUCUUUCAGUAGUUAAAGUUAUAAAGGAUAAUAAAGAUAAAUAUAAACAACAUAAUCAACGCAAUCACAUUAUAGAUCAGGGGUGGGCAACUUUGAUGUUGGUGGGGGCCACAAUAUGUACCUUACAUGUAACACUUACUAUCACACACUGGCUGCUACGGUUGUUGAAUGUUUGGCUCAAACCUUGUUGGCCUAUCAGAAUUCCCUUCUGUCCUCUGGAGGUCUGAUAACUGGUGCAGGUGGCAAAUCCUUAGAGGUGUUUAACUGGCCCUUGCGUGGAAACUUUUCCUUUGGCUCGUCAUCCUCACUUUCAGUGGCACUAAAUAUUUGUGUAUUUAAGGUUAUAUAAGGUUAUUAAACUCAUAAGAACGACCAGUGAAGUAAACAUAUGUUGGAUAUUUAGGCCAUCCACUGAGAAAUGUUUUUUUUUUUUUUUAUCGUAUGUGUUAUAGUUGUUAUACCUUCUUUUUCUCUUCAUAUAUGCGGGGCGGUCAUCCUCCUCCUCAGUCUGAAGAUCAGAUUGGACCACAGCCAUAGGAAGCUUAUGGCGAGCCUCUUCACAUUUGUCUGUAAGGGAAUAUUAAUGUAUUGUGUUUAGAUUGCAGAAACAGUGGCUUGCGAAAGUAUUCACCCCCCUUGCCAUUUUUCCUAUUUUGUUGCCUUACAACCUGGAAUUAAAUUUGAUAUUCUUUUUAGGGUUUGUAUCAUUUCAUUUACACAGCAUGCCUAUUACAUUUACAUCAUUUACAUUUACGUCAUUUAGCAGACGCUCUUAUCCAGAGCGACUUACAAAUAGGUGCAUUCACCUUAUAGCCAGUGGGAUAACCACUUUACAAAUUUUUUUUAUUUUUUUUUAUUUUUGGGGGGGGGGGGGGGGGGGGGGGGGGGGGGGGGGGCUUGAAGGAUUACUUUAUCCUUUACUCCUAUCACUUUGAAGAUGCAAAAUAUAUUUUUUGGUGAAACAAACAAGAAAUAUGACAAAAAAACAGAACUUGAGCGUGUAUAACUAUUCACCCCCCAAAGUCAAUACUUUGUAGAGCCACCUUUUGCAGCAAUUAUAGCUGCAAGUCUCUUGGGGUAUGUCUCUAUAAGCUUGGCACAUCUAGCCACUGGGAAUUUUGCCCAUUCUUCAAGGCAAAACUGCUCCAGCAGUUGGAUGGGUUCCGCUGGUGUACAGCAAUCUUUAAGUCAUACCACAGAUUCUCAAUUGGAUUGAGGUCUGGGCUUUGACUAGGCCAUUCCAAGACAUUUAAAUGUUUCCCCUUAAACCACUCGAGCGUUGCUUUAGCAGUAUGCUUAGGGUCAUUGUCCUGCUGGAAGGUGAACCACCGUCCCAGUCUCAAAUCUCUGGAAGACUGAAACAGGUUUCCCUCAAGAAUUUCCCUGUAUUUAGCGCCAUCCAUCAUUCCUUCAAUUCUGUCCAGUUUCUCAGUCCCUGAUGAUGAAAAACAUCCCCACAGCAUGAUGCUGCCACCACCAUGCUUCACUGUGGGGAUGGUAUUCUCGGGGUGAUGAGAGGUGUUGGGUUUGCGCCAGACAUAGCGUUUUCCUUGAUGGCCAAAAAGCUCAAUUUUAGACUGACCAGAGUACCUUCUUCCAUAUGUUUGGGGAGUCUCCCACAUGCCUUUUGUUGAAUUUCUUGAAACAAGUGAUUUUUUCAUUUCACUUCACCAAUUUUGACUAUUUUGUGUAUGUCCAUUACAUGAAAUCCAAAUAAAAAUCCAUUAAAUUACAGGUUGUAAUGCAACAAAAUAGGAAAGACGCUAAGGGUGAUGAAUACUUUUGCAAGGCACUGUUCAUAUUGUUGUCUCAGGAGGUUGAUGUCAGUAUAAAUAGUUGACUGCAAAUAUAACAUUGAUGUUAACCUGAUGUUAACAUCAAACAAACCCCAUGUUUCGUCAGGUGCUUCUUAACGUUUCACUGCCCUUGUGCAGCGUUCUGUGGAUGUAUAAGGGGGCCAGUAGCUCAUGCCAUCCUGGACCCAUGAUGAAGGCUCAACUUUGGUCUCCUUCUUCUUGUUAUUUCAUAUUCAAGAGCCCAAUUCACCAAGUAGCCUUUGAAACAGUCCGUUGGACUUUCGACCUCAUCGUCAACCAUCUCCUUUGACAUCAUCACCCUCAUCAUCAACGUUCUCCUCAGCAUCAACAACCUCACCCUGACCUCCACCUUCUCCUACACCUGCAGUGUCCAUCAAAGCAUCCACAAACAGUUCAUCCUCAAAGUCCUGACCACUGAACAACAUUUCCUCAGCGGCCUCAUUGGACAUAUAAAAUGUCUGAGGAACAGCAGCAUUUUCUACAUUAAGUGUAGACUGCUCUUGUUGGAUAGAUGUCAGAAAUCUUGA